GAAUAUGCAGUGAAGCAUUAGCAUGGGACUUCCAUGUAAAGUCAGUUUAGUUGGGACUUGGCAGUACACGAAUCAAGUUGAAAACAUGAGGCACUCGGGCUUUGUGCUGAUCAUUUUGUAUCUUUUUCACCAAGGGAUACCCUCACUCGCCAGAGGAUAUUAGGAACAACAUAUGGCGCAGGAUGCUAGCAUCGCGGAGCAGUGCAAUGGAUAUUGUUUCUCAGUUCUCCAGUCCUUCCUCGAUCAUUUUACCCAGUUGAAAAUGGCAGGUGAUGCCAAUAAUGAAAUGAAAAACGAAAUUCACUCAUUGAAGGCCACCGUCAACAAUUUGCAGAGCCAGUUACUAAAUGGUGUCGAGCAAAUGACGGGCCUCAAAGAGCAGGUGAAGGAGAUUUCUGCAGUGAAAGUUCAUCAAACGGCGGAGAGUGUCACGAAACAUGUCCCAAUGGUCCCUCAAGUGGCAUUUUCCAGAUAAAGAUUGAGGCAAUAAAGGAGCCGUUCCAAGUUCCCUGCGUGCCUUUUUCGUCUGGCUGGAUGGUCAUUCAAAGGCGCAUCGAAGGAAGUACGGACUUUAAUCGCACCUGAAACGACUACAAACUAGGCUUCGGAAACCUCCGAGAUAACUUUUUCCUGGGACUCGAAAAAAUCCAUCUAAUGACCAAAAACCAAAACCACGAGCUGUUCAUCUAACUUCAAGAUAUUGCUCAUUACACGGAUUUUAAAAUAGGGAGCGAAAAGGAAGCCUACAAGCUGAAAUCAGUGGGAAAAUAUUCUGGAACAGCCCGGAGAUUCACUAACUGAACAUCACUUGAAUAUGAAGUUUUCCACAUUGGAUCGGGAUAAUGACAUUGAUGAGGAUCGAUAUUGUGCUGAUGUUCUGGGAGGUGGUUGGUGGUUUCGCGAUUGCGCACAAAGUUCCCUCAACGGAAAAUAUUAUGCAGAUGGUAAAAGUGCACCAAGUAAACGUGACGGAAUUCUUUGGGGUAGUUGGCAGCACUAUGACUACACUAACUCGCUUACACGUACCCAAAUGAUGAUAGGGCCAACAUCCUAUCAUAGUUAAAUCAAUGUUGAAACACAAUUUUAGCCAGUUUUUAAAAAAUCCCUUCUUAAAAUACCCUUAGUCGCAGUCGAAACGUUAGCAAAAACGAAAACUGACGAAUGCUUUCUGCAAAUUUUGUUCCUAAAAGCGUUUGAUUUUUUUAAUUUGAAUUUUUUUAUUAAUAAAAUUAAAUUGGAGAUAUGACUAAGACUUUUACUUAAAUUUUUUAAUCGCAAGAAAAUUACUUAACAAUAUCGUUUUCUUUUGAGAAACAUACGAUACAGGCGAGCAUUCUACCACUGAACCACCGAUGCUGUGUUGAUUUUCGGGAUUAAAUAUUUAAAUAUAAGGAAAUAUAAAGAAUAUUUAUUAAUCUUAAUUCGAUAUGUUCUAUUUCUGUGUUCUAUUUUCUAUACCACAUUUUUAACCUGGCACUCCAUUCAUUGGGUAGAAUUCUUAAAUUCCAAAAACGAUAAGCAACUUGAUUGGACUAUCAAGUCGUAAAAAACCUUUCCAGUUCCAUCAAUGGGAACGGCUUAAACGUAAAAGUAUUGUAUUUAGAAAUUGGUUCCCAAUGCUAAAAUUACAGAGACCUUCCCUAUCAGCGCGAAAAGUAGAUGAUGUAUAUAAUGAACACAAAACUUAAGACCUACAUGAACCUAUGGUACUUUAUAUGGUUUCACAGUAACCGAAUAUUUUUUAAGAUACGAUAGUUUAAUUAGUUAAGGAAUUUGAAUCCCUUGAG